CAUAGAGGAAUUAGUAUGGAUUUUAUUAUUAGCUUUUCUGAAAGGGGGAAAAACUUCUUUAUCUUUUUUCAGUGUGAACCCAUAGAUUUUCUACAUUAUGGCAUCAAUACCCUGAAAAAGAUUCUUCCUGGUGUAAAAACAGACAAGUCAGGUGGAUCACUGAAGAAAAACCUGAAAGCCACUGAACAGUCAUUGACAUGUUUGAUUAAUGAGAAAUCACUGAUCCUUUAUAACAAAUUAGGAAAUGGUUCAUUUGGAGUUGUCCGAAAGGGUGAUUGGACAAUGCCUUCUGGAGUGAAGAGUUUAGUUGCUGUGAAAAUUCUCCGUCAUGAUAUUCUUGCAUUGCCUGGAGGAUUUGAAGAUUUUGUAAAUGAAGUGAAUGCUAUGCACUCUUUAGACCAUGAAAAUCUGAUACGUCUCUUUGGUGUUGUUCUUUCAUCUCCCUUAAUGAUGGUUACAGAAUUAGCACCACAAGGAGCUCUUUUAGACAAGCUGCGUCGUCAUGAUUCUCAAAAGCUGUUAAUAAGCACACUCUGUGAUUAUGCUAUUCAAAUAGCGAAUGGCAUGAGUUACUUGGAACUGAAGCGUUUUAUUCACAGAGAUCUUGCCUGCCGUAAUGUGUUACUUGCCACCCCAGAAAUAAUUAAAAUUUGUGACUUUGGUUUAAUGCGAGCUUUACCUAGUCAAGAAGACCAUUAUGUUAUGUCAGAACAGAAAAAACUUCCAUUUGCAUGGUGUGCACCAGAGAGUUUAAAAUCUCGGCAGUUCUCUCAUGCUAGUGAUACAUGGAUGUUUGGUGUGACUCUCUGGGAGAUGUUCACUUUUGGUCAAGAACCAUGGAUGGGUUUCAAAGGAUCUGAAGUCCUUUAUAAGAUUGAUAUAAAUGGUGAACGUCUCAGUCCUCCAGAGUAUUGUCCCUCUCAUAUUUACCAAAUAAUGCUGCAAUGUUGGGCCAACAAAGCACAAGACAGACCAACAUUCUUAGCUCUCAGAGACUAUCUUACAAAGGUUAGGCCCAAAGAAAUGAAAGCAACACAGAACUUUUCUGAACCGGACAAAUUAGAAAUUGAAGAAAAUGACCAUAUUGUUGUGGUAGAAGGACGGUCAGAGAAUUUCUGGUGGAAAGGUCAGAAUAAAAGAACUGGUGAAUUAGGCAUGUUUCCAAGACAUUUAGUGAAUCCUCAAAGAAGACUGGCUGGUGAAGACAUCAGCAAACCCUUGAAGAACAGUUUUAUCCACACUGGUCAUGUUGAUGUUAGUGGCAACUUUUGGGGCAAUCCUGUUUCUAUUGAUGAAGUUUACCUACGUAAUCCAAUGGAACCUGAAGACAUCCAUGGUGAUCCAAAUCAAGUAGAACCAACAAAUUUACCCGAUAGGAGAGGCCAGUUUGCUUACCAAUCUUUAAAUCUUGGGCGCCACUUUAAUUAUUCAAAACUGAAAGAUGAUUCAGUCAAACUAAAUUCACCAGUGAAAGAAGCAACACAAUCAUCUGUCAAGCCAGUGCCAUUACCAUCUACGCCAAAUUUUAAAUCAAAAACAACAUCUCAUCUUCCAAAACAACAGGCUGAAACAGACGAAAAACCUUUAAUUGAUUUGGAAAAUGAAUGUGAAUCUUUAAAAACCCCACUUCCUUGCCGAGCCUCUCAAAAUUCUUUAUCCCUUUUUGAUUCAUUACUGACUCGGGAUAAUGCCAAUGACUCUGUUGAGGGCCACUUGCCCAGAGCACUGCUAGAUGUUAAUAAAUCAACAGAUCCAUUUGAACUGGAUUCAAACUUGAAAAAAUAUGUCAAAAGUAGCUCUCUCACAUCACAAGGAUUUUCAAAUUUUAACUUUGAAUCCCAUGAAGAUAUAUCUCCGGCUUUAGUUUCCUGUCCUUCUACCUCUACAAAUGUAACUACUGUGAAUAACAAACCCAAAAUUCCAAAUCAAACUCCAUGUUUUUCUAACAUUCAAUCAAAAAAUUCAACCAGACAAGCAUCCUUCAUUCCUUCUUCUUAUUCAUUAUACUAUUCUUUGCCUCCAUGUGAAGAACAAAUCAACCAUGUAUCCCCGAAAAAGUCAGGAUCCAGCCUUCAAGAUGCUCAAGCAACAUCAGUGUAUCAUGGAAUGUCAGCUGGAGAACCUUGCAAUAAUGCUUUAUAUGGAAAUGUCAGCCCCACUUCCCCCAAGAGUAGUGAGCAGUCCGUAAAAACUAAUAAAGCAUUUGAUUGGUUAAAUGAUGCACUGAGUGACCUAUCAGUAAGUAGAUCAGAUAAGAAUAAUAGAGUUCUUCAUAAUUCAGGUGUACCACCAUUGUAUGAUGAAGUGCCACAAGAACAACCUCCACCGCCACCUGUGAUUAAUAAACUUGCUGCAAGUUCCCAUGGUAAUCCAUUCCCAUUAUAUGAUGAAGUCCCCAGAGAAGAGGUGAGAAAAGACACCUCUAGUUCAAUUUAUGGCAACUGUCCUCCAGUCAACAGUGAAAGGUUUGAAGCUGUACAAAAGGUAGAACUAACUCAGUCUAUGGAGGAGGAAAAUACGUGGUCGUCGGAUUCAUUUGAUUCUUUUGAUUCUGAUGAGGAGUUUGAAAAUGAAGUACCCAGAGUUGAACCACCACCCCCUCUACCCCGUCGGGAUUAUGACAAUGAUGGGGAGGAGGGUUGUCAUAGACCUUCAGGCUGUGAACGUAAUCAACACACUGUAAGCCUUCCUCAGAAGGCUUGCAUCUAUCCUGUGAAACAGGAUGGCAAACAACUGAGCCACACACACUAUUUUCUAAUUCCCCCACGACAGACUGAUACAAAGCCCACGCAAUGUAAUACUGCUGAAGUCAAACCAUUUGCUGUUGGUGGUCUUCAAGUUGACUCAAUGUCUUCCUCUGACAAAGAAGACCACUCUUUACAAUACCAAAAUAUCACAGCUACCAGCACACCAACUUGCUCCACAUUGACUGUGUCUUCAUCUCAGCAGCAUGGAGCAUCAUCUUCAUCUACAACCUCUAGCCCAUCCUCAUAUAUUACUCUUGAGCAAAAAUCAAUGUCUGCUCCAAGCCACCUUCCAAAAUUGAAACAGAACAGUAACAGCACAAAAUACCAGUCUCACUCUAAAGUCAGCUCAAUACAAAAACAUUCCUCUUCUCUUCACCAAUCUUCCUCUCCCAAACAAACUUUUGGAAUGUCUUCUCCUCAGGAGAAAGUCUACCAAGUUCAGAAUAAAGUGUUGGGAGUUACUGAUGAGGAAUGUCAUGCAGCACUCUGUAAAUGCCAGUGGGAUGUUGAUGGUGCCAUUCGGUAUCUGAAAGUAGAACAGCUUUUCCGACUGGGUCUUACAUCUCGUGAACAGUGUGAGAGCCUAUUAAAGAGUAUGCAGUGGGAUCUUGAGAAAGCAAGCUCUUUACUUUGGGUAGGAUAUAAACAUAAAAUUCAGUGUGAGUCAAAUGUAUAAGCUAUGUUUUAGGUUAUGAAAGGAAUGGAAAUCUACUUGAGCUCACACAUCUCUUCACCAUGGAAGUUCUUUCGUUCUCUUCCUUUGGCCUGACAGAAAUUCAAGCAGUGUAUUUUUGCCAUAUGUAUUUUACAUGCACAUUUACAUAUUUGCAUACAUAACUAUAUAAACAUAUGCGUUCAUAUAUGUUUCACACUAUCAGAAACAUGAGCUACUGUAUGCAAGUACUUGUAUGCAUUGAUGUACACAUCAAAGCAUGUAUUUUUAUGUGCAGCUCGUCAGCUAUGCUAAUGAAACAACACACUGUUAGCAAGAAAGACAAGUUUUGGAAACCUCUAACUUAUUCGCUUGUCUUUGAAAGAAUAACUCUCCUAUUUUUGGAAAGAAUCUAGUAUCCUAUUUGGAAUACCUUUACCAUAAUUAUUUUGACACCCUUCAUACAUGAUAAUUGUAGGAUGUGAAAGUAGAGAUUGAGGAUUUGAAUUAAAUGAAUCAGUUUGGUGUUUCUGCAUCACUUCACUCUCAUCUCAUUGGUUGAUGUCAGAAUAAUAAGUAAAUUUGCAAACUGGAAUCAAACCUUAUUCCUCUGUUUUGCAGUCCAUAUAUUACCAUUUAGCUUACAUAGCCGUCCCUUUGAUAAAGAUCAUAAAUUUUUUUUUUCUUGCAGUCUAUUUUCUAAAGUAUAUUCACACAACACCACAUACACAAAUAUCAGUGCAGUUCUUUGCUUUUCUAUUAGAAUGGAAUAUAUUAUUUAGAAUAGGUUACUGAGUUGUGCAGAAUCAGAGACUGAUCUAAGUUUUGACCUCUAGAUGCAUUGUGUCCACUUUUGAAAAUAAGCAGUAUUUUGUCCUUAACAUUUUGUCAAAUAGAAAUGUAAUGCAAGGCAUAUAACACAAAUGACUUUACCUUUAAUAAGCAUUUGUUUCUGUUAAUGGCCAUGAUCGUAAUGACUUAUAGAAACAAAUGCUUAUUUAGGUUACUCAACUUCCUUGUAUAAAAUAUGUAUAUGUAUAUAUAUAUAUGCAUAUAUAUAUAUAUAUAUAUAUAUAUAUAUAUAUAUAUUUGAAGAAUAUUGUGUGUGGGCAUUAAGGGGCUAUUUCUUAUGAAACUGAAGCAAAUGGGAGACCAUAGCAUUAUUCCCCAUACUCUAGUUAGAGCCUAUGAUUAAGGUAACUAGAAAUAUUUUAGACAUAUUAGAAAAAAUACCCAACAGACAAUGUGCUACUGUUAAGGAUAGAAAGCUUGUAUGUUGUUUAUUGUUGAUAGUAGCCAUAUAUAAAUGUAUUAACCUGACCAAAAUUGAUUUUAUGUGUGUCUGUGUGUAUGUAUGUGUGUGUAAGUUUGUGUAUGAAUGUAUAUAUUUACACAUAGACACACAAACACAUCUAUUUAUAGUUAGUUUUUUUUCCGUAUGCAUACACACACAUCCACUUGUGUGUGAAUGUGUGUUCAGUUUAUUUAUCUUUUAAGAAUCUCAGUCCCCUUUACAAAAAAAAAGCUGAAAACUGUAAAUUUCUGGGAAGUUCAUCACAAACCUUAACUUAGUAAUCUGAGAUGUGAAUUGUCCAAUCCCUAUUCUUUCUUUUCCUACCGCCCAGCCGCAGUCUCCAGCUGGAGAGGAAGAUAUUUCAGAUAAAUUGUACAAUAACAAGAAUAAUAAAUGAUAAUAUUAAUAAUAAUAACAGCGACAAUAAAAUUGUAUGUAGAAAAGUUU